UCAUCAUCUUCAUCAACCCAAUAAGAGAAAUCCAUCAACAAAUAAAAAGAGAGGAAUUAAACCUCAAAUUCUUCAUCAUGGAUUCCAGCCAAGUAGCCGUCAUCAACCCUCUGUUCUAUGCUGCUUACCCCAUUGAUCUCGCCUUCACCACAAAGCCUCCAGGUGAUAAAAAGCGCGGAGGCCUCGCCACCGUUGACGCCGCCGGUAAUGUCGUCUUCAGAGCCAAUAAAUCCUCAUGGGGCGGCUUCACCCAGCUCCGGGAUGCUUCCGGGCAUACCAUACUCACCGUUCAAGAUAAGUUUUGGAGCUGGCACAGUAGGUGGCAGGCGUUCGCAGGCGAAAGUACAGAGGCGAAAGAUCUAUUGUUCAGCAUCAAGAGGAGCUCUGCUUGGAAGAUUCAUGACGAGUGGUUUGUCUUUCUUGCAGUCAACACAAAAGAGGAGAACUGCGAUUUUAAGAUAGUCGGAAGUUACAGCAAGAAGAAUUAUACCAUUUUUAAAGGAGACUCAUCUUUUGUUGUUGCUCAGCUUACUAAGCAGCAUGAACUGAAAAUGACUCUGAAGCACGCAUUUGGAGCCUCCAUAAGCGCAAACUGUGACUACUCAUUUGUCGCUGCUCUGAUUACAAUAUUUCAUGAAAUUGAUGCUACAAGGAAUGUUGCUACAUGGAAUGCCACUGCAAGGAAUGCUUCAAGGAAUGCUGCUGCAAGGAAUUCUGCUAUGAUGGGAUCCACAGGAGGACCAGCUAGCUUUUAAGCUUGGAAGCUGAAAUUUGGAUAUUCGAAGUAUUUCUAUUCUAAUUUUACACUUAUUUAUAGAUUGAAAAUGAUGUUCUGCUUUAAAGAUUAGUAUUUAAAUUGUAGUGCUAUAUUUAUAUAUGGUUAUUUUUAGGAUUUGGUUUUUUUAGUUGCACUUUUUUUAGUUCUUGUGUAUCUUUUGUGUUGUCUUUAGAGUCUAUAAAUAUAUGCAAUAGUCUGUAAUAAGGUGAAGCCAUUAAGCCAAGCAAUAAACAUUAUAGUUCUCUUCUC